CUGAGGUUAAAAUGAUACUUUUCUAGGCGCACUUUUACAGCGGAGCUCGGGGCUCACCAACUGGUCAUCUUGUGGAGGUGGAGCUGACUUUGCGAACUCAUCCAUGUGAGUUAAAAACAAAAUCCAAAUUAUGUAUUAAAUUAACACCAAACAUCAAAUUGAUUGUUAAGCAAAUAAGUGAGAAGGCAUUCGUCUCAGAUUUUCUGAACCCCACCCCCUGAGCGCACUCUCCCCUCUAGCCUUCUCGCUCCGCUCCAGCACAGGAAUAAUCACCGUGCAGAGGAACACAGAAGAGGAAAGGAAGACUUUCUCUGCAUCGCGCAGCGUCUCCACUCAAAUGCAUCAUUAUCCAGCUCUUCGUCCACCCAGAACGUCCCUUUAAUGGGGCAGCACUGAACUUUUAAUUGCUGGGAAGCUUUGCUGAGCAGCGCUAAUGUGAGAUCUAAACAUUAGGAGACAUGUCAGCCGCUCAAGGACUUCUAAACAGCGUCUUCUCCUGCUCAUCUCCUGCCUCCAAAGCCAUAACCAAACGGAGGCUACGUCAAACCCGCAGCCUGGACCCCGCUAUCAUAAGACAUUGCGGUGCCGGGAGCGAUGGAGUGAGCGGCGCGGCUGCAGACGCAGGUGCGUCUGCGGAGCGCUUGGCUGUGAAACCUACUUUACGCACAAAGAUUCCGGCCCUAAAGGAACCCAUAACCCCUUCAAUCUCUUCUCCUUCGAUACCUUUUGAUGUUUCCCCAUCCUCCAACUUCCACUUUGACUAUGACAUAGUUAAGCGUGCCAAAAGGAAUACCGCCGGGGAUUUACCGUUUAUGGUGCGUGGACCCGGUGCGGCGCCAUCAGGGAGCACCGGCACGCUGUUCUCCCCGCGGAGGUGGCUCCAGAAGAAAGUGCAGCCGUCCAGCUCUCACGCUUACGUCGUGUGGAAAUCAGAGGGGGAUUUCACCUGGAGCAGCCUGUCGGGGCGGAGCGUGCGUCUGAUGCCAGUUGCCAUCCAGAGCCUGUCGGAGCUGGAGAGGGCCAGGCUGCAGGAAGUGGCCUUCACCCGUUUACACCAGGACUAUGAAUUGGGAUGUCAGAUAACCAUGCCAAAAGAUGGACAGAAGAGGAAAAAGUCGCUGAGAAGGAAGUUGGACUCGCUCGCAAAAGAGAAGAGUAAAGACAAAGAGUUCAUACCCCAGGCCUUUAGUAUACCCCUCUCCCAGGUCAUCUGCAAUGACAGAACUCACAGGCAGCGGCAGGAUAGUUUUCGCCAGGACCCUCCACAGCGGGAGGAGCACAAAGACUCCUCAGACCUCGUAUCGUCCAUUUUACAGUUUGCCACCAAGCGGCCGUCCAACAAGGAGUUAUCCAGCAGCAACUCCUCACUGAGUUCCACAUCGGAAACAGCCAAUGAGUCAACAUCGCCCAACACCCCCGAGGCUGCCCCACGAGCGCGCAGGAGGGGAGGCAUGUCAGUGGACUCCAUCACAGACCUAGACGACAACCAGUCCCGCUUGCUUGAGGCGCUGCAGCUCUCUCUGCCGGCUGAAACGCCGAGUAAAAAAGAGAAGCACAGGGACAAACGGCUGAGCCUCAAUCCCAUCUACCGUCAAGUGCCCCGGGUCGUCGAUAGCUGCUGUCAGCACAUCGAGAAAUAUGGUUUGCACACUGUGGGGAUCUUUAGAGUUGGAAGCUCCAAGAAGAGAGUCCGACAGCUGCGAGAAGAGUUUGAUCGUGGUGUCGAUGUGCAGCUAGAUGAGGAGUACAGUGUUCACGAUGUAGCUGCUCUGCUAAAGGAGUUCCUAAGGGAUCUGCCUGACCCUCUCCUAACCAAGGAGCUCUACACAGCCUUUAUUAACACCACAUUGUUGGACUCAGACGAGCAGCAGAGUGUCAUUCAACUGCUGAUCUACCUGCUCCCAGCAUGCAAUAGCGACACACUUCACCGUCUCCUGGAGUUCCUGUCCACUGUGGCUGACCAUGCCCAUGACCAGCAGGAUAAAGACGGACAGGAGAUCACAGGGAACAAGAUGACAGCUUUAAACCUCGCCACCAUCUUUGGUCCCAACCUCCUCCACAAACAGAAGAGCACAGACAAAGAGUUCACCGUCCAGAGCUCAGCCAGGGCCGAGGAGAGCACGGCUGUCAUCGCCGUGCUGCAGAAGAUGAUUGCUAGCUACCAAACAGUCUUCAUGGUGCCUCCUGACCUGCAAAAUGAGGUUUUAAUGAGCCUUUUGGAGACUGAUCCAGAUGUGGUCGACUACCUUCUGAGGAGAAAAGCAUCUCAGAGUCCGGACCUGUUGCAGCCAGAGGAGCCCUUCACCCUAAGCGAGCGACAUUCGUCCAGCGACUCCAACAAGGCGUCAAGCGGUGAAGUGUCCCCUUAUGAUAACAACUCCCCAGUCCUGAGCGAGCGCCGAGGGGAGCCAGGGAGCCCAGCUAGCGAGCAGCUCUACCGUGCCCCGGAGCAGUACUCUCCGGUGGGGCAGACUGGAGCUGACACUUGGGGUUUCAAAGAAGAGCAUGCUAACAUUUGGGGCACAUGGCACAGUACUCUGAAAUCAGCACUCAAGAAUCAAACAUAUACAGGUUCCCAUAGCAACAUGUCAGAAGGAAGCUCCCGCAGCUCACAGGAAGGUCUUGAUGGAUUCCAUAGCGAUAGCAGACAUCAUCAGACAACGGCGCAACGGACUCAGAAAACGCCUGGCAGUGCCCAGGGCAAACCCCACCCACCAGUCACCAGAGUGUGCACCAGCCCUCACGUGGACAAGGGGCGACCACGCCUGCAGCUACACAUCAACCCCUCUGUGACUUCGCAAAGGGGACGUGGAGUUAACUCGACCCUCAGGCCUCAAGGUGGGGUGAACACUGUGGAAGUUAGCCCCCUCGAUGGCCCCUCUCCUCCUCCUUAUAAUGCACAUCAUCGACUGGCUGGCUCACAAAGUUCACCUCAGCUCGCGACAGCUCAGCGGCCACACGAGAGGUCGAGCGCAGGGCAGAGUAACUCGGCUUCAACAGCAGAAGCCCAAGUGGUGCCACAGAGUCAGUGCCCAGAAUGGCAGGACUGGCAGCGGGACCGGUGGCAGAUAUGGCAACUGCUAUCCUCGGACAAUGCUGACACACUACCUGAAACUCUGGUGUGAUCUCAGACAGUGAACAUUGGCUCACCCUCUAUUAGCCAAUUAAAGACAAAAUCAAACCCCCUCCAAUGACAAUCACUCCUUAUCCUGAUUCUUUUUCUGCACCCCUUUCAUCCGUUCAUUCACAGAUUUCCUUCUUCCUAUGAACCUCACGUGCUGUCCUGCAACUUAGCGCCGUGGCGUUGUUGUUUACGUGUGCAGCUGCUGCCUCAUACAGACUUCGGCAUCCAGGAGCUACUUGUAUUUGUUGAUCUGUACGGAUGUUAAAAAGUUACUUCAUUUUCUGCCCCCUAUAUUUUGUCCAUAUUUAGUUAGGAGCAUUUAAAAAAUGCCCACAGAAAUACCUCAAAAAAUCCGUUCGGAAUAUUACCAGAUUUCCUAUUUUGAGUGACUUCAGUCUUCAUAUCUCAAUGGAGAAGAUUAGGAAACAUUUUUUAUUUUUUUUUUUAAAUAUUUUCAUUUCAUCAUUUUUACAUUUGUCACCAUACAAUAAGAUGUACGCGUUAGUAACUGCUGCUAAUUAUAAACUUGUUGUGUGUAUAAUACUGAUAAUGUAAUUCAGCAUUCAGCAUCUUUCUGAGAUCAAAUGUUGAGUUGCUUUUUGAUGUCAUAUUACAUUUGACUGUAUAUAUAUAUGUAUAUGAACACACAAAUUGUUGACAGACAUGCUUAAAUAUUAUAUGUAAAGUAUAUAAUUUGCCUUAAAAGUAUCAACCUAAAUGUAAGUCAGCCCCUUAAAACCGGCAGUCUAGAUGUUGGUGUUUGUCAGACUGCUGUUUCUGUCUUUAAUAGUGAAUGUAAAAUGCUUUAUUUACAGUAAGACGCUUAAACCUAAUUAUGAAGCAAUCUGCUGUAAGUUUGCUUGUGCUCUUGUCACCUGCUGCACUGCAGAAACAAUGUGCCAAAGGAUCUCUCUCUUUUUUUUUUUUAACUGAAGAAAAAGUGUUAAGCUGUGUUCGUUCCGUCAAACUGGUUAGAAAAAAAUGACCCCAGAGUUAAGCCAAGAAUUUCAUUUUAGCAUAUAAUAUAGACCAGGGGUCUCAAACUCGCGGCUCGCGGGCCGCAUCCGGCCACGCCCCCUACUUCCGGUCUGCGAUUUGAUGUCAAAAACAUGACAAUUUGGCCCUUUAAGUUACUUUUUUGACAUUUCGCUUUCCCCUCCAAUUAAGAAGUGGUUAGCGAAAUGUCAAAAAUGUAACUUUCCCGUCCAAUUAAGAGGUGGUUAUCGAAAUGUCAAAAAAGUAACUUAAAGGGCCAAAUUGUCACGUUUUUGACAUCAAAUCGCGGACCGGAAGUAGGGGGCGUGGCCGGAUGCAGAUCGCGAGUUUGAGACCCCUGACAUAGACUGUAUAUAAAAGAUGGAUGGAGCCGCUGGCUGUGAAGCCUCGAGCUGAGUGUUUUUGCCAAAACUGGACAUGACGAGUGAAGAGGAGAUCUGACUGAAAUCGAGGGACUUGUUAUUGUUGUUGACCGGUCGUUAGACAUGAGAAUAAAGCAGGGUAUGCUCAUUGGCUGACUCUAAUCAGUACUAUAAUUAACAAACUGAGCAUCAUGUUUUAUUGAGUAUGACUUGAAACUAGUGAAUGAGUCCAUAAACGCAUUAGAAAAGUGUUUACUGAGGUCGCAGAUCAAAGUAACCGAAGGGUGUUUUCCCACUAACUUUUGAAUCCACCAGCAUUGCCCCCUGUUGGCCAUUAAAAUGAAUGCAGGUUGAAUGCACUUGUGCAUUGGCUUUUUUUUUCAGUGGUACAGAAAUGGGAAUUCAUUCUCAGAUUGGUGUGGGAACUAUUAAAAUCUACUAAAUUAAAGAGCUCAAAAAUAAACUGAGACAAAAUAAAGAGUUGUUAAUUGGCACUGAAACCUUUUGUGGACAUUUACAUUCUCCACUGAUAGAAAAUGUAUACACAUCAAAGCCAGAUUAGCAUUAUUUUCAGAGGAUUCUUAGCCCUUUUUUCACCCAUGUAGAAUCUGGAAGAAAGUGUUUAAAUUGAUUUUAUAGAACAGGUUUUGUCAGUUCACUCUCCAAAAGAUUCUUUGAAUAAAACUUAAAUUUUAAUGUAUUAUUUGAUCUUAAAGUAUUAAUAUUAUUUAGAUCAUAAUGUGAUCAAUAACUCAUUGAUGCAAGCUGAAUAUCUGAGCUAGGCAUAAAGUAAUUUCCUGUCAAUUAGCCUUGAUGUAUUUUUCCAGGAACACUAAAAGAAUUAUAGAAAUUUUCUGAUUCUUUUGGGCUCCAAGUGUCUUGCUGGAAAAAAAGGUUUCAUGUGAUGUUUUCUCACUGCUGCAUGGCACUAAUUAAGGUGGAAAGAAACUUUCUGAAUAUCUGUUUUUAUAAUAAUCUACACCCACGGCCAACCUGUCCAACUCCUCUCAAAUGUCACAGUCAAGUGGGUAUUUGCUGGCAAAUAUUUCACAUUUUCUCAAGUGAUGGUGUAAUAUUUGCUUAUAGGAAGAUUGACUAUGAAUCAUUUGUUAUUCUCUUUUUCUGAAACUGUCACUUUCACAAGUCAAUGGAAACAAGCCCCACGAGUGCAACAACUGCACAGAUUGUGGAAAGGCUUAUGGCUCCAUCUAUUGACAGACUCUGCACAUUAGCUAGUUGCUGCUUCCUACAGUUCACCUUUUCCAUGGGAAUCCAUCUAUUCACCUGUGAAAAAGUGCAAAUCUAUGUCAGGAAAUAAACGUGCCAUAGGUCUUGCUCUUAAAAGCUGUUUCUCCAUGAAUUGCUUUUUUUUUUUUGUAUUACUUUAUUUUCUGUCUGUCGAGUGUUGCGAUAUCUAAAUGCAUUAUAACAAUUUUUAUCCAAAAAAAAAGAGGCAGUAACCAUCAUGGUCUUGGCUUUUCCCAAAUCAAGAUGUUUGUCUUGUUGACGUCACUUUGUAACUCCAAGCAACUUUGUGUUUUGUUUUUAUAUUUUGGUGGGGUUUACUGGGUCCAAGCUGUAAUGGAAUGUCUGGUAUUUGCUUUUGUACUGCAAGUCCUCAUCAAUAUGCUACAAUGGAAUUAAAUAUGACAAAGUUU